GUUAUAUCUAUGCAAGAUAGGGAGAGCUUUGGCGGAAAAAAAAAAAAAAAAAGUAGACCAUUGGGAUUGGGCGAGGACCGAGGAGAGUGCAAAGACUACACUUAAUAAUAGCGAGAGAGAACUAAUCGAGAAAGAAAAAGAAAAAAACAGAAAGGAAAGGAAGGAAGCAGAAGCGCAGCAGACAGAACCAUCGCCCAUCGUCUAAUUCCUGCAUCCAAUCAAUCAUCUUCUGUUGUGCGAAAGCCCCCAUCAGCAGGUCAAAUCCUUCUUCUUCCUUCAACUCACAAUCCCCAGAAUUUCAAAUUCUAAAGUUCGAGCAUUUUUCCCCUCGGUCUCUUCAGAUCAAUAACCCUUCUCUUCGCUCUUCGCUUCCUUUUCUCUUACAACAGCUGCAAGCCCUUUCAAUUAUCGAUCUUGCCUCCAAAUUCUCCAGUUUUACAGGGUACCCUUCUCUUCUUCCUCGCAUAUAUACUUUAGUUUCGUCAGAUGUAAUGUGGCUGUUCAUUUACGGUUUCUCUCCGUUCAACUCCUCCACCGCUGGUCCAAUUGAUCUUACUAAAGCUUGCAGCGCUGCAAUGUGAUAUUUCGUUUCAUUAUUUUAUACUGUUUCUAUAGGGAUCAAUGCCCAAUUGUCAUGAUCUCGGCCUUAUGUGUUCUCUCUCAGUAAUUGCUAAGAUUGUGCUUAUAGUUCCAAGAAUUGGGUUCCUUUUUGUUAACGCAUUUGCUAAUAUAUGGGGAGGCUAUAGAUUUGCUUUGCUAGGAUGAAGCUCAGUUGAAAAGUUUGCAUCUUGUUAUAUGCUUCUUUAUGCUUACAUAUAUGUUCUACUCUUUUCAGCUCUAAAAUCUGAGAUAUUGAUAUGCAUAGCAUCGCGAAGAAAGUAGCAGACCAGGCAUCUAAGAAACCUACUCUCUCCAAGUCAGAAUUUGGAUCCUUGUUAAUUGCAUCAUUAAAGUCAAGACGUGGUAGCAGGGUGGCCCUCAGUAAGAAACAAAUAUCAAAGAAAGUUACUCGUCCUCCAAGUAAGGUGACCAGGAAAGGUGUUAGGUCUAGAAAGUUGGUUCGGGGUAAAAGUGCACGCAAACCACAUUAUAAAAGGUCCGGGAAGAAGUCAGAACCGUCUACUGCUAUCUGUCCUGAGUUGAAUGACAAGAAUCCUAAGAAGGAGACUGCCAAGAGAAAAUUCAAAAGGAGAAGGAUAGAUGGAAGGCUAAGGAAUAAUGUAGAGCUAGAUGAACCAUCACGGUUGCAGAGGAGAACAAGAUACUUGAUGAUUAAAAUGAAGAUGGAGCAGAACCUUAUAGAUGCUUACUCUGGUGAAGGAUGGAAAGGCCAAAGUCGAGAGAAGAUCAGGCCAGAGAAGGAACUACUAAGAGCAAAAAAACAGAUUUUGAAGUGCAAACUUGGAAUACGGGAUGCAAUCCACCAACUUGAUUUGCUUAGUGCAGUUGGAUGUAUUGAAGACUCAGUUAUGGCCCCAGAUGGAUCAGUAUCCCAUGAACAUAUCUUCUGUGCAAAGUGCAAAUCAAAUGACGUGGUCCCGGAUAACGACAUUAUACUCUGUGAUGGGACAUGCAAUUGUGCCUUCCAUCAAAUGUGCCUUGAACCUCCACUUCACACCGAAAACAUACCCCCUGGAGACCAAGGAUGGUUCUGCAAGUUCUGCGAAUGUAGAAUGGAAAUCAUAGACUCAAUGAAUGCACACCUUGGAACCCAAUACUCAACGAGUUGCGAAUGGCAGGAUCUUUUCGAGGAAGAGGCAGCAGCUCCUGAUGGUGGGAACAUUUUAAUUCUUGAAGAGGAAUGGCCCUCGGAUGACUCUGAGGAUGAAAAUUAUGAUCCAGAAAGGAGGGAAAAUAGCAUGAAUGGUGCAGGAACAGAUAAUGAUGAGUCGGAUAUUGCUAGCAGCUCCACUAGCUUGGGUUGGUCUUCAGAUGAUGAAGCUGUUUCUGGAUCCAGAAGAUGGGAUGUGGAGGGAAAAGAAUUCAGAAACCAGUCAAUAUAUAGUAGCUUAGAUUCUGAUGAAUCUAGUGAUGUUGAAAUCAUGAGCAGCCGCAGAAAGCGCAGAGCCGUUGAUUAUCGGAAAUUGUAUGACGAAAUGUUUGGAAAAGAUGCUCCUGUAGCUGACCAACUCAGUGAAGAUGAAGACUGGGGUCCUAGCAAGAGGAAAAAGAAGGAAAAGGAGUCAGAUGCUGCAAGCACGCUUAUGACUCUCUACAAACGUAAAAAACAAGCAAAAAAGGAUGAGACUUUGGAAGGAAAAAAGGACCUUCCUAAAGAAUCUCGAGUUCGAAGGGCACUAUCGAGAAUUCCACAUAGUGCAGUUGAGAAAUUAAGGCGGGUUUUUGAGGAAAAUGAACUUCCCUGUGGAACAGUUAAACAUAAGCUUUCAGAAGAGCUAGGUCUUGAACCUGGAAAGGUCAGCAAAUGGUUCAAGAACGCAAGGUACCUGGCAUUGAGAUCCAGAAAGUGCAGUGAUUCCAACCCUAAGCUGUCUGGUGAAGCAACAGAAAAUGAAAAUAAGAGUGGAGGCGCUGAAGUUUCAGAUGCCGUAACUGAAGUCGGGCUACAGACAACAAGGACUUCAAAAGAUGUAUUCCCAAAGAAGAAGCUAAGAUCUAAUUGCGGGCUGAAGGAAAAUGAUCCAAAAGAAGUUUCCCUUGAAUCACAGGCAGGAAAUAGUGAGAUGGAAGCCCAAAAGGGUGAUGAUCCGAGCUUGAAGACUCUGCUAGAAGAAAAAUCAAGUGCAGGGAAGAAGCAUUCCUGCUCAAAAUAUUCGGAGUCCCCGUCUCAUCAACUUGCCGAGAGUGAGAUGGAUGGACUUUGUAGAGCCAAAGACACCCUAGAGAACAUGAGGCAGUUUCUGGGGAGUCUACCAAUCAGCAAACGUAGGAGGUCCAAGGCGCUUGUUCUUCGAGAGAGGGUGGUUUAUGUGCCUACUGCUGAGCUAAAGGAGAAGAUUACGACAGUUGGAUAAACCUCAGUUAAGCCUUUCAGAGAGCACCUUUUUCUCUAUAUGCAUCUAGGCAUCGAAGGUUUUAAUUGAGAAAUUGACAAAGUUUAGCAAAUUAUCAGCGAGUAUAGCAGUUUGAGAUGGGCUACUAACCACUUGUACAUUUUAUUUACCUAGCAUUCCGUCUUUUAGGAUAUUUUUUAACUCAUCAAAUAUGAAAUACAUUGUCAAGCCUUUUUCUAAAGCUGUGUAACUCUUAUGUUCUAUAUAUAACGAAGUGCAAGUUAUUGCAAUAAACAGAUAAGUUACAC